AAACAGCAGGAAUGUCCCGGCAAAAAUCACCUCGACCCACACAAACACAGCUAAGACACACACCUACACGAAAUGUUACACACACCAAUGAGUGUUAAUGAUGUGUUAAUGGUGAUAAAGGGUGAUGGAAGCGAGGUCAGUCUACUGUGACAGUGGCAGACACUUAUCUUUAUAUCAGUACGGCCUUUAUGUAAAGCAGGUGGAGUUCCUGUGUGUGUGUGGUGUGAAUUUAAUUUCAGAAGUGACUGAAGAAAGCGACAACAAGAACCUUAACCCAUGGGCCUGAAACAUUCUCAACCCAAACUGUUCCCAGGGGACAUCGUGGAGUAUCCCAGGAACAAAUACUUCUCCCAUUUCGCAGUUUACUACGGGGAGAAGGACGGCGUUCCCUACGUGGCUCAUCUGACAUGUCGAGAUUCAGACGCCAAGCUGCUGCUCUUUGGUCGAGCUCUGAGGUCAGAGAUCAAACUGGAUCCACUGGAGCUGCUGGGGAAGAAAUACAAGGUCAGCAACAUGCUGGACGACUCGUUCUCGGCCAGAGACUUCCACGGCGUGGUGAAGCCGGCCAUCGACGACAUGAUGGGCCGAGAGGUGACGUUCGACAUCCUGUUUCACAACAGCGAGCACCAGGCCACGCUCUUCAGAUACGGAGUGAAGAAGUCUGAGCAGAUAGAGAAGGUUUAUAAACACAUCAUGCCGGCCUGGAAGAAGCUGUUUGAGAAGAAGAAACUGUGAGAAUGGUUUCAUGUUCAGUUCUCACCUCAGCCACCGGAGGACGCUGUUGUUCUGCUGAGCAUGUGUGAGAUGCAGAGAGAAAGUCUCAGUGUUUUUACAGUGAAGUCAAAAAAUUCUAAUGUCACAAGAUAAUGUGAGUUAAUGAAGAAGAAAAUGUUUCUAAGACCUGAUCAGGUCGAUUAGUCUGAUUAAUGUUAGAUACAUUCAGUAUUUUGACUUUAUUCUUUAAGUGUUAUUGUCUUGCAUGGUUGUAAAUUAGCUGCCUAAAUAAUUCUUCAUUGCUUGUAUUUAAAAAGAAAAGUUUUCUCGGUAUAAGCUGAGCAUCCAGGAGUCUAAACUGAAUUGAACAGAAUAUUUUUGAGAAAAAAAGUCGUAAUUUACAAAAACAAAUCCUACAAGUUGUGAUGUUGAGAAGAACAUUGAUAAUAUUUCCAGAUAAUUGUGUUUUCCUGUGAGAUUUUCUUCUCUGUGGUGAUAUUCUGCAGCUUCACAGUCUUUCUUGGGAUUUUCUGUAAAAAGGAAACGUUUCUGUCCUCUGAUGAUUUCAUUUGUUGUUUUAUUUUUGCAUGUUUACUGCCUCUUUUAUCAAACUGUUCUCCACCAGAGAAAAACAUCAGACUGGCCUCUUCACUUUCUCAUUUCCCAUCAUCAUUAUCUCCAUUAUUAUUAUUAUUAUUUCAUUAUUUGUUCUGUGGUUGUUUCGUUGUCUUUCUCAACAGUUCACUUAAAUAAACCUGUUUCCAAACCUGUCAAAGAAAUCUUUAACUUAAAUGACUGAUCAAAUAUGAACCUGUACGUUACAGUAUUCCUGUUACUGGUAACAUUUUAUAUGUACUGCACAGAUCUUCAUUUCACUAAGUCAUUAACUCCAUUAACUCCACUCUGAUCAGCUACAGGUAAAUGCAUAGGUAGUAACAGUCUGUGAAAAGAGUAUGAAGACACAUUAAUGAGAACUUAGUGAAAUUACAAGUAGUGUGGUUCUGUUACUUUUUAUUUUAUGCACAAAAGAAUUCUGUUUCUGACUUUUAUUGUGAAAUUCUAAUUGUUUUAUUUUACUCUGAUUACUCUCUGCAGGACUUCCUGCCUCCUUUUCUUUAAUUUUUUGUUGCUUGAUCUUCCUUCAUCCUUCCUUCCUUCCUUCCUUCCUUCCUCCCUCUCCUCCUCACAGUUUGGGAGCCACACUAA